AACAUUUUGGCAUCGUGCUUCAUGAUUAGGUAUCGGAGAUCUCUGACAGCACCAUCAGCUCACUUAUUUAUGGCAUUUGUUUAAAUGAGUUUAUGUGAAGGGGCGGUGUUUCCGAGCUAUAUAAAUCUCCUUAAACCUGAUUGAGGGCAACACUUUUGCACUCCGGAGUUACACGAGAAGCAAAUAGGCAAGUCAGACAUCAAAUCUAAAUUUCUGAAGCAGUUUUAGGGAAAGCCUACCUUACGUAUUCAACGCAGAAAAUGGACUUCGACUUGCCUCCUUCUGUCCCGGUGAGCGGUAUCCCAUGGGAAAGGGUUCUCCCGCCGUUAUUUCCACGGUUAAACGGGACCAUUGGACCUUAUUCAUGGACGCCGACCGAAUUUUUAAUCCCCGUUACCGAGCAGACCGGAGCAGCAAAGGUUACCUGUGAUCACAAUGGAUUUACAGUGGAAGUUGACGUGAAACACUUUAGUCCUGAGGAACUGCUUGUUAAAGUGUCUGGAGAUUAUGUUGUGGUUGAAGGAAAACAUGAACAAAAAAAGGACGGCUCAGGACUGGUGACGCGUCAGUUUAACAGACGAUAUCGGAUCCCAAAUGGAGUCAACAUCAUGGCUCUGGAAUCAGCAAUGUCACCUGAAGGAAUGCUAGUGAUUUCAGCACCUCUGACACAGACAAUACCUGAACACUGAUCAAUCACUCAACACACACAAUGUUGGAUUUGGUGGUUUAUGAGGACUCUUCAUAGAUGUAAAAUAUUUCAUAGACUAUUUUGACCAGUGGUCCUAAUGUAUUUCUCUUUUCACAUUUUUAAAUUCCAUAGCAUAGCUUCCAGGAAUCCAAAAAGGCCCACAUAUUAAUAAAUAAUGUUAUGAUAGCUGUAAUUACAUUAACAUAUGAUUGGAUUGCCUCCUAUUUUGACAACAUGCAGGAAAUGUUCAUAGGCCAUGAUAUCACCAUACCUGCAAACACUCUGGUUUUUCCCAGGAGUCUCCCGUAUUUCAGACCCAUCUCCCGCUUUGUUAUGUCUUGGAAAACUCCGCCACCGCCGCCUCCUGCCACUGACCCCACCCAAUACCACCCUCCCCUGAUCUCCCAGAUUUUCAGAGACAAAUGUUGGCAGGUAUGGAUAGAUAUCACCACAUUGAAAUGGUCUAGAAGGGGUGUCCAAACUCGGCCCUGGAGGGCCAGUGUCCUGCACAGUUUAGUUCCAACCCCAAUCAGACACACAUGGGCUAGCUAAUCAAGCUCUUACUAGUCUUUCUAGAAACAUCCUAACAGGUGUAUUGAGGGAAGUUGGAGCUAAACUAUGCAGAAUAAUGGCCCUCCAGGACUAAGUUUGGAGACCCCUGCUCUAGAGUGUAAAAACCACUGAUUAUAAGGCCUUACCCCACCUCUACCUCUAAACCCAACCCUCACUGGAGAUUCGGAAUGUGAGUAUGUAAAACGCCCCA